AUGGAUUUCAACAACAGAAGUCAAGUGACUGAGUUUAUAAUUUUGGGGUUUCCAACGCUAAACCGAUAUGGUCCAUUUAUUUUUCCUUGUCUUCUGCUUGUCUAUCUCCUUACCAUUUUUGGAAACCUACUUGUAUUGGUGAUCAUCCGAAUGGACUUGCGACUCCACACCCCUAUGUACUUUUUUAUCAGUGUUCUCUCCUUUUUAGAGCUGUGCUAUACUGCUACCACCAUUCCAACAAUGCUCAUUAACCUUCUUGUACCAAGAAUGAACAUUUCCUUUAUCGGUUGCCUCUCACAGAUCUAUUUCUUCCAUGCCCUUGGAUCUAGCGAGUGCUAUCUACUGACAAGCAUGGCAUAUGAUCGUUACAUGGCAAUUUCCCACCCUCUACACUACCAGUCUAUUAUGACACCUAAAAUGACCAUACAGAUGGUAUCUAUCAGUUUUACUUGUGGUUUCAUAUGCCCCAUUGCCGAAAUUAUCUUAAUAUCUAAACUCUCCUUUUGUGGUGUUAAUGAAAUUCAUCACAUCAUCUGUGAUUUACCACCAGUUCUAAAUUCAGCAUGUACAGAGACUACAGUCAAUGUGUUGGUUGACUUUGCAACCAAUAGCCUUUUUAUUUUGUUGCCGUUUUUCUUCAUAAUGAUCUCCUAUGCUAAAAUUAUUAUUGCUAUACUGAAAAUAAGCACAAAAACAGGACGUGCAAAGGCCUUCUCCACUUGUGUAUCACAUUUGAGCGUAGUACUGGUGUUUUUUACAUGUAUUGUAUUUAUGUAUGUAAGACUCACAAAGAGUUAUUCUUUGUACUACGAUCGUGUUCUUGCUGUUAUUUACUCAGUACUUACGCCUAUAUUCAACCCAAUUGUUUACAGUUUAAGGAACAAAGAGAUCAGAAUGGGUUUGAGACGUGUACUAUGUUAA